AUGUAAUAGGAAACAUAAAUCAAGAAAAUCACUUUCAAAUUUCUUAAUGUAAAUAGGAUAUAUAUAUAUUAGCAAUUGAAACUUAUGAUCAAGCCAUCUUAAAAAAUUGUAUAGAUUACUCAUGCAUUAGUAACAUUAUUAAGUGGAACAAUAGCAUCAAUUCAAGGAAAUUAAAUAAAGUCAGAUUGGUAAUCAAUAAAAUAUUGUUUACGAAAUACUAAUGAGAUCCUAGAAAUUAUUAAUGAUUAAUAAACAUUUUAAAAAAGAGUACGUUUUGAAAAUUUAGAGAAAUCAAUCCAGAUUUUAUAAUAAAUUCAAUAAUAAAAAGAAGAUGAUUAAUAAAGUGAUUAUGAGACAUUUGAAUUAAUACAGAAUACUUUGAAUUAACUUUUAGCUAUUGCAAAGCCUUUGUUUAAAAAUCUAUUAUUAUGUAAAAGAAGUAAUUCAAGAAAUAGAUCAUUAAGUUAAUAAGGCUUAUAAAAAACUAAUAAACUUCAAUCAUCUUAAAAAUCAUUUUGCAAUAAGACUAAUAUCUCUUAAUCAUAAUUAAAUCAGAGUCAUAGCAAAGUUAAUAGACCAAAAAGUCAGUAAUCAAAUUUAAGUAAUAGUCGUUCAUCAUCAAAUUCAAAGGACUAUUAGAAACGAGUUAUAGAGGCUUAAAUUAAAAAAGUAUAUUGUAAAUUAAAUAUAGUAAUCAAGAUUGGAUAGAAUUUUAAAACUUUAGACUAAUAAACCAUAAGCAAAUUCCUAAAUAAAACAAAUGAUUGAAGGCACAUAAUCUCUUAAUAGAUCUUAUAGAUCAAAUAGUAAGGAAUCUUUAAUGAGAUAGGAAAUUGAGAAAAAUAAAUAAAUCAUUAAAAAAUUGAAAUAAUAAGAAAAUGCAAUUAAAUGGGAAAUUGAAAGAGAGAGUAAAAGAAUAAGAGAAAAUGAAAUUGUGAAUUAAAUUCAAGAUGAAAUUAAUAGAUAUAAAGAAAGUUGGUAAAAAGAUUAAGAAAUCAAACAAGAAAGAAGAAAAAGUAAUUAAAAAAAAAAUAGUUUGAAUCAAUAAAAUAAUUCAAUAAAUGGAAUAUAAAGAAACAAUUCUUUUAAUUAUGAUGAAAAUAAAGGAAAUAAUUUGGAAAAGGAUCUUUUAUUAUCUGAAAAAUUAAAAAGUGAAAAGGAAUAAUCAUUAAAUAAAAUAUUAAAAACAAUAAAUAAUUCUAAAUAGAAGUAGUUGAAAUGA